AUGGAAAUCACCUUUAAAAGUUCUGAUACGGAAAUCGCCUUUAAAAGUCCUGAUACCGAAAUUGCCUUUAAAAGUUCUGAUAUGGAAAUCACCUUUAAAAGUCCUGAUACGGAAAUUGCCUUUAAAAGUUCUGAUACGGAAAUCACCUUUAAAAGUUCUGAUACGGAAAUCACAAUUAAAAGUUCUGAUACGGAAAUCACCUUUAAAAGUCCUGAUACGGAAAUUGCCUUUAAAAGUUCUGAUACGGAAAUCACCUUUAAAAGUUCUGAUAUGGAAAUCACCUUUAAAAGUUCUGAUAUGGAAAUCACCUUUAAAAUCCUGAUACGGAAAUUGCCUUUAAAAGUUCUGAUACGGAAAUCACCUUUAAAAGUUCUGAUAUGGAAAUCACCUUUAAAAGUCCUGCAACAGAAAUCUCCUUUUAAAGUCCUGCAAUGGAAAUCACCUUUAAAAGUUCUGAUACGGAAAUCGCCUUUAAAUGUCCUGAUACGGAAAUCGCCUUUAAAAGUCCUGAUACGGAAAUUGCCUUUUAGUCCUGAUACGGAAAUUGCCUUUAAAAGUUCUGAUACAGAAAUCACCUUUAAAAGUCCUGAUACAGAAAUUGCCUUUAAAAGUUCUGAUACAGAAACCACCUUUAAAAGUCCUAAUUUAGAAAUCGCCUUUAAAAGUCCUGAUUUGGAAAUCGCCUUUAAAAGUUCUGAUACGGAAAUCACCUUUAAAAGUCCUGAUACGGAAAUCGCCUUUGAAAGUCCUGAUACGGAAAUUGCCUUUGAAAGUGCUGAUACGGAAAUCGCCUUUAAAAGUCCUGAUUUGGAAAUUGCCUUUAAAAGUCCUGCAACGGAAAUCGCCUUUAAAAGUCCUGAUUUUGAAAUUGCCUUUAAAAGUCCUGAUACAGAAAUCGCCUUUAACAGUCCUGCAACAGAAAUCACCUUUAAAAGUCCUGAUUUGGAAAUUGCCUUUAAAAGUCCUUAUAUGGAUAUCGCCUUUAAAAGUCCUGAUUUGGAAAUUGCCAUAAAAGUCCUGCAACGGAAAUCACCUUAA